UACUGUUACUCCGUCAGUGUUUCAGCAUCAGCGGUCAGUGUUGUUGUGGCUGAGUACCGUAGAUGAUGGCCCUCAAACCAAGACUUUUGACUGACUUUAGAGUUCGACAGUUACUGUGUAUUCCAGGUUCUUGUAAAUUACACACCUCGUUAUCUGCUUUUGGUGAAAUAAAGGUUGCAGACGAUGAAGAAUUUCGCACUUUGGAAUUGGGAAUCAAGAAACAAGAACGACGAGCUGCCAGGAUAAUGAGAACUCCGAAUAUUGUUCCUCCCAGAUAUAAACGCCAGAAAAUUGAUCAAGACUGGGGAAGUGUGUGGCCCGCUGCGAGAACUUUUCAUCCAGCAACAGUGCCUCUCCCAGUACGCCAGGGGUACCCAGCAGAAGGGCAGCCCAUACCUGACAAGUGGGGAAAUGCGGAACUUAUGAAAAUUCCCAAUUUCCUUCAUCUGACACCUCCAGUCAUUAAACGACAGUGUGAGGUGUUAAAGAAAUUUUGCAAUCCUUGGCCAUCAGGACUUGAAUCAACAGCUAAGCAGGAGAAGCAUUUUCCUGUCACAAUGUCUAAAAGUUCAUACCUCCACUCCUCACCAACCCUCAGGGACGCAAGAGCCCGAAUAGUGACAUUAAAGGUGUCACUGAAGAGUCUUGACCUUGAUGACCACGGCCGUGACAAGUUACUUCGGUUGGUGAAGGAUCGUUAUGAUGCUGCCACUGAUUGCCUCACCAUUGUUGCUGAUCGUUGUCCACUUUCUCAGCAGAACUAUGAUUAUUGCCAAUACCUGCUAACAGUUCUCUACAAUGAGUCAAUGAAAACAGAGCCGUGGGAACAUGAGAAGGAAGUAGCAGACCGUGAGCGAUACUUGUGGGAGGGCAGUCCUUCACAGGCAAGGUUUCAGACAAUAAUCAGUGCUAAAGAGGACUGCACACCUGAGGAAGUUAUCAAAGAUUAUGAACAAGUUGUUACUGAUUUGCAUAAUGAAGGUGAAGAUGAGCCAACACUCUCAAGAUAUAGAGAAUCAGUUUUAAAAGUGGUUGGACUUGCUUGACUCCCAAGAUCAGUAGAUGUUGGGAUUUAUUUAAAUUUUUCUUAGAAAAGAUACUGAUGAUUAGAUAAACUGACCUGUAUAUAGUACAGUAGUGGAUCAGACAUUAAGAAUGAUCUGGGGAAAAACUGCAUAAUUUAAUAAGUUGGCAAUGUUUUUUUAUUUAAAAUAUGCAUACCAAAGUUUUAAUCACGUAUUUAUCUUAUCUAAGCAAUCACAUUAUCCAUGUUUAUAAUAUAAUGUAUAGUAUGUUCAGUUGUAUAAACUUUCCCCAGAUUGUUUUGGAUGGUUCUGAUGUUUUCUAAUAAAUGUUGGACAUAA